AUGGCGGCCAGGCGGGUUCCGGCGCUGGUGACCGCGACCUUCGGGGGACGCCCUCCCGCCGCCCGGGCGGCCCGGCCCCUCUGGGUGUCGGCAGGGCUCCGCCAGCCCCUCGGGGCCCCGCUCCGCUCCGCUUCGGAGGGAGGAGAGCGCGGCGGCGUCGGGCCCGGGCCCCGCCCGCAGGACGGCCCGGCGGCGGCGGAGAGGCGCCCGGAGCGCGCGGCGCUGACUGCGGCCGAGCGGCGGAUCGCCGACCUGCACGCGGCCGCCUGCGCGGCCCAGCAGCUGACCUACGUGGACCCGGCCACGGGCUACCUGGUGCUCACGCGGCUGGCCCACGAGCAGAGGGGCCGGUGCUGCGGCUCGGCCUGCAGACACUGCCCCUACGGCCAGGCCAACGUGCAGGACCCCGCUAAGAGGAAGAGAUUCAAUUCCUGUUUCUACGUUUGA